CCGACCGAUCCCGUCACUGAUAAUGCUAGGAAGAACCGCGUUCUGACGCGUUGUGUCGAGCGCUGAGAAGCCCGUGCGUGCACGCGAUCGAUGGACUGAUCAAGCAGCAAUGAAGUCAAGUAGUUUCCAAUUUUUGCUUCCUUCCAAAGAAGAUGGAAGGUGGCCGGCGGAUAAGGUGGUGGUGGUGGCGCUCAUCGGGAAGAGUACCGACCUGGCCGGCGGCGGCAAGGGGCACGCCUUCCGUAACCUGCUGAGCCACUCGGUGUUCGGUCCCCAGCCGGAGCUAGACCUAGGCGAGGAGCAGACACGCGUUGAGGGCUUCUUCUGCGCCCAAGAGAACGUGGUCUAUCUCCACCUGCGCUCCACGCUGGAUACGUCGGUUCUGUGCAGGAUCUGCCGGGACUUGAAGAACAAAAUUGAUGAAAAUGGAUUCCUCACGUGCUGGUCGGAGCUGCGCUACUCGGCCGCCCGCGCGCUGCUCUUCCUCUUCUCCGUCUCCCACCUGCUAGUGCUCUACCACCCCAGCCACGUGUUCGACCUCAGCUACAUACAGAUGUUCCUCGCCAUCGACGCCUGCAGGCAGAAGCUGCUGCGUCACGUGACGGACACGCUGCGCUCGGUGCCGGGCGUACCGUCCGGCUGGGUGAACCAGGGCCGGCCGUGCCCGCCGCGCGUGCUCUUCUACUUCGCCAGCUGCCCGCCGGCGGUGGCGCGCCAAAAAGCGCGCGCCGGCCGCCCGGCCUCCGAGCAACUGCAGCACAGCCUCGAGGACCAAAUCUACCGGCUGCUGCGCAAAGUGCGCGUCAUAACCAACGCCAGCGCCCAGUCGCUGUUCGCGCUGCCCGGCAACCAGCCGUUCGUGCACGUGGAGAGUGCGGCACCCGCUGGCGACGGCGACCCGCUGCUGGCCCACGUCCGGCUGCUGCAGAGGCUAUGCCACCAGUCAGACGAGCGCAGCAGCCCGCCGCCGCCGGCCGUGGCGGACGCGCUCUGGGCGACGACACCGACGCCCUUGGCUGCGCCGCCGGCCACCUUCGCCGCCCUGCUCGGCCGCCACAUUGGCACGGCCCGCACGCGCGGCUUUGACGACAACGUGGGCAAGCAUCUGCCUGCCCCCAGCUGCGACCUGCCUCCUGGUGAUGUCUGGUUCGCUGCAUGCAGCAGACUAUACGAGGAAAUCAUCCUGGUGCCGGACGGCUCGGCUUACAGGAAGCCGCUGACGAGUCUGCGGUCGGCGCUGGAUUCUGACGCGCGUUUCUCGGAGGCGCGCUGCGCCAAGGUACUGCCGAUCGCUCUAGCCGCCUACCAGGAGGGGCUGCCGGCCCGCUACUCCCAGGAGUACCACACCACCAAGCUGCUGCACGCGACGGCGGUGUUCCGGGCGCACGCGCGCGGUCCCUCCCGCGGCCAGUACCUGGCCCAGCUGGAGGCCGACUGUGACAAGCUGUGGCGCAGGGGGCGCCAGAUCUGCGAGGCGCUCAGCCUCACCGGCAACCCCUGCAUCAACCCCGUGCACCGGCUGGCGGGCCAGCCGGAGCCGGAGCCGGAGCCGGACGAGGAGGGCCACAGGCGGCCGGAGAUGGAGCACUGCUCUGGCGUGCGCUACCUCGCCACCUGCAACUGCGGCCGGCGCCAGCGACAGCGCGACGACCCGUUCUCAGUGCGCAAGGCCAACUACGAGUUCUACGUGAGCCAGGCGGAUGGCUGCUGCGGCGCGCUGCAGCAGCAUGAGUUUCCCGUGUUCCGGCCGGGCGACACCAAGGCCAGGGCGGCGACGGUGGUGUCGACGUCGGCCGGCGGCCCGGCCGCCUCCGCGGCCCCAUCGCCAGACGAGGAGGAGGGCAGCAUCUCGCCCACCUUCGGGCUCGGACUCAGCCAGGGCGAGGCGGAGGAGCCGGAGAAGAGCGGCGGCAGUCCCUCUGACGUCACCUUGGCAGUCAAGAAAGAGGGGAAAAAGCAGCCGGAAGUACAGCCCUCCACCGAAGAGUACCUGGACGGCAUGAUAACGACGGCCACUCCGCGCCACCUGCUGCCCGAAUACCCAAGCUUCAGUUUGGUGUGUUUGGGACAGUCGUCGCUGUACUCCCACUCUGUGGGCUUGCAAGGAUUUCUUCAGGGCUCCAACUACCUGCUACCUUGGGAGCUAAGAAUGAAGACGGAAAAGCAAGACACUGGCAAACGUUACAUCAAAAAGAAAGAGACGUACGACAUCUACGCGAAGAUAUUCAUCGGCGUGGAGUACGAGUGUCCCCGAGGUCACCGAUUCAUGAUGGCCGCCCCGGACCGGAUCAUGAAGGUCAUGGGGUCAGCGCAGGUCAAGGACGGCGCGGCGACCGUGGCCAACAGCGACAUGCCGCUCUACUUCAACUGCCCCUGCAGUCAGAAGCUGAAGCCGUUCGUGGGACAGCUGAUGCGCGUGCACGUGGUGACGCCGAAGUCGUCAGUGCGCGUGACGCUGGAGCCGCGCGUGCAGCCGACGCCACCAGACGGCGCCGUGUUCGUGCCGGGCGGCGCUGGCGGCGUCGAGCUGAGCCCCGCCGCCUACUGGGUGCUGCGGCUGCCGUACCUGUACGAGGACGGCGGCCUGCUGACGGGCCGCCUGCUGCCAGACAUGUUCGGCGUGGUGAUACGCGACGAGGUGUGA